CUGUGUGUGUUUGCAAGCGGUGCAGUGCUGCUGGCAUUAAGUCUGCUGAUUCCAACAGUGGCACACUGUUUCAAGAGUAAACGGUUGGCAGCAUUUGUUAGCGAGGAUGGUACUCCAAAUGAGCCACCGAUACGCAUCUAUCCAGCUGGUUCGAACAAAGCAGAAGUGCAUCACUCUGGCACCACCAAAGGAAAAAUCAGCCCCAGCUCCGGCCCAGUGCCAGUGAUGGAAGAAAUAGCAAAGGUCCAACCAGGAGAAGGCAAAAAAGCUGGUGAUUCGCCGAAAGCAGCCAGUGCUGAUGACCUACUGCUUGGUGACCAAGACAUACACUGA